GCAUUUUCAUUCAAUCCAAAGUUCUGUCACAGAAGAAGACUGACAARCAUUGGGGAUAGGGAGGAAGGCUUGUUGACUCUUGUAUGAUAGUCCAUGAGGAUUCCUUCGGCCCUUCCUCUACAUAAAUCUAAAUAAAUUAAUGCUCACUAGUACUGAAUAUUAAUCUUUCUUCCAACUAUUCUUAUUAUUUGUGCUUUUGCGAUCGCGGACUUUUUAAUUGAGUUUAACGACAAUAUUGCAAACGAAAGUAAAUUAAUAUCUUGGAUGAUUGAAAAACCUAUCCGCAAUUAUAUACCCUGAAUGAGCCAAUAGGAUAAAUGCACCUGUGUCCUUGUGACGUUAAGGGACAUCGAAUAAAAGAUACGAAUUUUUGAGAUCGAAUUGAUAAUUUUACUGAUCUUGCGCUGAGCGCUUUCAGCUGUGUGAAGAUGAAGCCUGUUCGUGAAAGAGAAGCACGAUUUGCUGGCAUUUGUGGCAUAUCUGCCGUAGUGUUGGGCCUGGGACAUAUCAUUUGUGGGUCCAUCUUACUUGGUUACGAAGUGAAGAAUGGAGAUGGUUUGUGGUCGGGUUUGGGGAUUAUUGCAAUAGGAGCUAUCGGGAUCGCGAUAUGGUGGACGAAGUUUAGACCAGCUAUGAUUAUCUUCUUGAUGCUGUCUGCCGUGUUGGCAAUAGCACUGGUUAUCCAGACUGCCUUGGCUGUUAUUGGUUUCGUUUUUUGGAGGGAUUUCAUUCAGAUGUCCGAUAACUGUUACAUUUACAACGGCGUAUGUCGAUGCACAACCAGCGACGGGAAAAAACUUCCCAUUCCCUUGGAGUCAUGUGACCUAAUCAAGAUGUUUGAUGACGCGUACAUUGCCUUGAUCAUCUUUUCCAUUUUGAGCUUCCUCGUAACAUUGGCUGGAUCGUUCAUUGGUUGCUUGUCAACUUGCUUUGAUGACUUAAAGGAACCCAAACGACAGCUAACCAUGACAACACAGCCAACUGAUCUAGAUUCGGAGCAGGUUGAUCAAAUCCAACAACCUGAAUCGCCACAACAAUCAGCCAGGCAAGAUGAGAUCACCAAAACAACCGACAUGAAGGAAAGUCAAGUCCAAGAAAAGGACAAAAAGAAAGAUGAAGCAUGUGGAAAUGUAUAUGAGAUUAUCGUAGAAAAGGUUGCAUGAAAUUUCUGUCAAUAUCUGCGAAGCCCCAUCAUCGUCCCUGUCAAAUGUGCAAUGUGACUGUGUUGUGUUUUGUAAGAGGAAUUUUAUUGAAGUGAAAAAAGUGUUAUAGGACAUCAGCCUGUAUGUAAAGUCAUCCCAUUCCUGAACCACGUAUACACUUAUUUCAAUAAAGUUAGUCACCAAAAACCUAGAAAGCUGAGAUCACUGAGCAU